AUGAAGACUAACCCAAUACCAGACACGAGCGAUAUCAUUACUGCCGACGGUUGGGUUGAUUCCAAGCUAGUUAUUGUGGCCAAUGGCACCUUACCAGGACCUUCUAUAGAAGUUUAUGAAGGUCAGACAGUUAUAGUCCAUGUCAAAAACAACUUACCAAGUGAAGCAACCUCAAUACAUUGGCAUGGUCUUCAUCAACGCGACACUCCCUGGAUGGAUGGUGUUGCAUUUGUUACACAAUGUCCCAUUGAACCUGGACAAUCAUUUACGUACCAAUUCACAGCUGCGCCGAAAGGUACCUUUCUGUAUCAUUCUCAUAUCGGGGUGCAGCGAACAAUGGGUUUGUACGGGCCUUUCAUCAUACGGGAGCGCACAACAGAGCCCAUGCCGGAUUUGACCGUCAUCGCUGCUGAUGGAUAUUAUUUAAAGCCUGCUACAGCUGACUCGGUCAUUAUCAAUCCUGGGGAAAGAUUUGACUGUACUAUUGUCGCUAAUAAGCAGAUGAACCAGAGUUACUGGAUUCGGGCUCAGACUUACAAGUGUGGAGAUGACUGUGGAGAACAGAAGAUAUGUAACUGUAUGUAUUCUUUGGAUCUUGAGCAUGAUAAAGUUUACCAACUGGUUUUUAUCAACAUGGGUCAGGGGAAAGGUUGGUCGCACCCUGUCCAUAUGCACGGUCAUGCCUUUUAUGUCCUGAAGAUGGGUUACGGUUCCUACAAUAAUAUAACAGGCCUUAUGACAGGCGAGAAUAUGGAUGUGGACUGUGAAGAUGGUGUUCCUAGAGAUGUCAGUUUCUGCAAUAAUGCUACGUGGGCUAACGCUUCGUGGUUAGGAGGUAAUGUACCAGGUCUUGAACUGAAGAGUCCACCCAGAAAGGAUACUAUCAUUGUACCAACUGGAGGCUAUGUUGUUGUUAGAAUCAAGGCCGAUAACCCAGGUGUGUGGUUUAUGCAUUGUCACAUAGAACUGCAUAACAUGAAUGGAAUGGCCGUGAUGAUCAACGAAUCGUUUCCAAAGCAUCCGGAUCCACCAAAGGGGUUUCCAAGAUGUGGCAAUUUCGAUUACCAGGGAAAAGGGCCUGGUCGAUACUGCCCCGGGGAAGGUUUUGUGGCUUUUAUCUGUAAUAUGGUUGUUGGUGGUGUUGUAAUCUUGGUGAUGCACUUGGUUGAGAAGAAUGGUAUGAUAAUAUUUAAAGUUUUAAUUUCUAGUAAAGCCUCAUCUGAAGAUUUCCUUUGA